UAUCCCCAAUAUCGAAUAAUAAUCGUACCCUUUUAUUUUUUCCCUGUAAAACACACACAGAUCAAAUGGAGAUGAGUAGUUCUCGGCCUGAAAACCUAACCAGUAGUACCAUUCUGAAAAGGUUGAAUGAUGAGCUGAUUGAAGGCCGAGAUUUCGCAAACCGGCUUCUAAGUGUUCUUGCUAGCUCUGAUGGCUCAAAAUCUGCGGAAGAUCUACUGGUGAAGAUAGUGAAAUCAUUCUCCAACACCCUUUCCUUAUUGAAUGUGAAAGAGUGUGAUAAUAAUUCAGACUCUGUGAUCUCUCAAAUCCGAGCUGCAUAUUUACCACGUUUGGAUGCUCGGAAAUCCCAAGAUCAUUCUCGAGAAAGUUUUAGGAGGAGUCCUACUACUCCUCGCACUAAAAAGCUCGAUCGUAGGGUUUGUUAUGACAGAAGAAGAACCAGUACCUCACGGUCAUGGAAAAGAGAUACUCCAGCUCUCAUUAACGAUGGUCAAGCAUGGAGGAAGUACGGACAAAAAAAGAUUCUCAACGCCAAAUACCCCAGGCACUAUUUCAGGUGCACAUACAAGCAUGAUCAGGGCUGCAAAGCUACCAAACAAAUUCAGAGAAUUCAAGUGAAUCCCCCAAUGUACAGGACAACAUAUUUUGGGCAUCACACAUGCAGGAAACUCCACCAGGAUCCUGAAUUGAUCUUGGAUUCUAUUAGUCCUAGCGAAAAUUCCAUAUUCAUCAGUUUUGAUGGUACCAACCUCAAAAACAAACAAGACCAUUUUCCCUUUGUAUCAUCGGUCCCUUCAACCAAACAAGGAUUUAAGGAGGAGAUCAUAAAAUAUGAUGCCAACCUGCAGCAUAACCAAUCAUUGUUGUCAGAUUAUUUCGUCUCGCCUGAUCUGGCGGAUCGGCGGAGGCAUUUCCAUCCCCUCGGAGCAUGCCGGUGAUAUUGACAUCAAAUCUGGAGUCUGAUAAUGGGGAUGUAAUAGAUGGCCGGGUGAUGGAUUAUGAUGAUGACUUCUGUCUUGAUAUUUUCCAAUUUUGAAUGUUGAUGGGUUACGUGUGUUGCAUGUUCCUUGUAACAAUUUCGGUUUGGAAACUAAGAAUGUAGAACUUCUUUACAGGUUAUUGUAAUUAGUUAAGAAACACUUCUUUUUAGCUAGAUUAAUUUUGCGAUUGUAGAUUCAAGGGGAAAGGCAGAGAAGAAAAAAAUAGAUUAAGUUACUCUUUUUCCUUUGUUUGGUUUACAAAAAAUUUAUGAAAGGGAAACGAAAGAAUAUGUGUAAGUAUGCUCUAAAAAUUUUAAAUUUUCUA